CUGGGCCUGUGAGUGUGGGGAAGAAGAGGCGGAGAGGUGUUGCCCAGGCAUCUUGGCCAGCUAGGAUGUUGAAGGAUCGAAGCUUUCUCUGAAAGGGAAAGCAAGAGGAGCAAGAGAGAGAGAGAGAGAGAGAGAGAGAGAGAGAGAGUGUGAGUGAGAGAGGUGGUGUGGUGCAGUGCAGUCAAAGCUGGCAUUUCUCUCUAUUUUUGCAUUAUUAUUCCCUUCUCCCAUCCCAUUUCUUCCCCAUUCAUUCAAACCAAGAAAAAGCUUAUAAAAUACGGGAGGCGAUGGGUGUAGGAGAGGUAGAACGACAGGGUCCGUAUAUAUAACCUCUCCUCUCUUCCUUCCUGCCUAGCGGUUCCUCCUCUCAUCUCCCCUCUUCUCUCUUCCUGUGGGCGUGUGUCCUGUGUCCCCCGGGGGAUCGGCCGAGGCGUCCGUUUGGGUUGGGUCGAUUGAUGCGUAGGAGGCAAUGGCGGUGUCCUCGCCAACUUCUGCUCCGGAGAAGAAGAGGAAAUGGCUGCUCAGCAACAGGAAGGUGAUCGACAAGUACCUGAGGGAGGCGAGGGCGAUUCUUGCGACGGCGCCGGAAGCCGGCGGCGGGGACGCCGUGGCGGCCCUCGGCCUAGUAGACGCGGCGCUGGAGCUGUCGCCGCGGAUGGAGUCCGCACUGGAGCUCCGGGGCCGCGCCCUCCUCUCGCUCCGGCGGUACAGGGAUGUGGCGGAAAUGCUGCGGGAUUACAUCCCCAGCUGCGCCAAGACAUGCUCCGGCGACGACACCUUGUCGUCGUCGACAUCGUCGUCCCUCUCGUCGUCCGGCUCCGGUGACCUCGGCACGAUAUCCCGGGCCAAACUCCUCUCGCCUGACCGCCACCGCUCCGACGCGGCGGCCGAACCAGGCGCCGCAGUCGCCCGCUCAUUCCGCUGCUUCGACAUCUCCGAGCUCAAGCGCCGCGUUCUCGCCAGCCUCUCCAAGAAUCCCAACACGGACACCCAAUGGAGGUACUUAGUUCUUGGCCAAGCUUGCUUCCACCUCGGGCUGAUCGAGGACGCCAUGGUGCUUCUCCAGACCGGACGCCGCCUCGCCUCCGCGGCGUUCCGCCGCGAGAGCGUGUGCCUGUCGGAGGACAGCUUCUCUUCCUCCUCCCCGGCGGCAGCCGUGGCGCCGAUUCCUUCAGGGAACACCACCAAAUCCGGGUCGGCGUUCAUCAUACCGGCCAUGGAGUCGGAGGCCGUGUCCCAGCUCCUCGCGCACGUCAAGCUCCUGCUCCGCCGGCGCACGGCUGCCAUGGCCGCGCUCGACGCUGGCCUCCCGGCGGAGGCCGUCCGCCAUUUCUCCAAGAUCCUAGAGGCGCGCCGUGGCGUGCUGCCGCACCCGUUCGCCGCCGCGUGCCUCGUUGGCCGCGCCGCCGCGUUCCAGGCCGGUGGCCGCCCCGCCGACGCCAUCGCGGACUGCAACCGUGCGCUCGCGCUCGACCCCGCCUACAUCCCGGCGCUCCGCGCCCGUGCCGACCUUCUUCAGUCCGUGGGUGCGCUUGCCGAUUGUCUCCGUGACCUUGACCAUCUCAAGCUACUCUAUGACGCCGCGCUCCGGGACGGGAAGCUUCCAGGCCCCAGGUGGCGACCACAGGGUGGCGUCCGGUACCGCGAGAUCGCCGGCGCGCACCGCAAGCUUACCGCGCGCAUCCAAGGGCUCCGCAGCCGUGUCGCCGCCGGCGAGGCGUGUAACAUCGAUUACUACGCGCUUCUGGGUGUUCGACGCGGAUGCACGCGCUCUGAGCUGGAACGCGCGCACUUGCUGUUGACUCUGAAGCUCAAGCCUGACCGCGCCGUGGUGUUCGGCGAACGGCUGGAGCUGGUGGACGAGCACCGUGACCUGGAGGCGGUGCGCGACCAGGCGCGCAUGUCAGCGCUGCUGUUGUACAGGAUGCUCCAGAAGGGUUAUUCUUUCAUCAUGUCCGCGGUAAUUGACGAGGAAGCUGCCGAGAGGCAGAGGGCGAGGGAGGCGGCUGCCGCCGCUGCUGCCGCAGCAGCAGCAGCAGCCGCGGCUGCAGCGGCGGCUUUGGCGGUCAAGCAAGAGGCCACAAAGCAAGAACUGGCCGCGCCACCAAUGCCGGAGAAACCGAGGCAGACGGAGAGCGCUCCCUGCGCGAAACGCUCCAUGGCAUCGAAGGCCAAACCGAAGGCAAAGCCCGCUGCGACCGUGCCAUCAAUGAUGUCCAGGAAGGCAGCGACCACGACGACCACGGCGAAGGCGGCGAUGUCCAAGGCAGCAGUGACCGCGCCCAAGGCAGCGGCAGCAACGGCAGUAGCAGCGACCGCCGUGGCGGCUGCGGCGACGGCAGCAUCGACGUCGACGGCGGCGCCGGUGUACCAAGGGGUGUUCUGCCGCGACAUGGCGGUGGUGGGGACCCUGCUGUCACGCGGCGGGUUCGUCGACCGCGCCAUGCCGGUGAAGUGCGAGGCGAUGAGUUGCUGACGGGUGCCAGCCAUGGCACGGCGAUCCAUCAGCAGGACGUCGCCGGCGCGAUCUGAUGCGGAGUGUACGGACCACGCGGGGAUGGAUGGAACAGAAGAUCCAGCACGGUGGCGGGAAACCGGAGAGAAGUUUGAAUUGUUCGAUACAUCUUCGCUAUUGUACAGUUUGGGGAGAGGGGUACUUGAAAAAAAAAAUUGAACCGGACCAUUCAGAAAACCAGCACCAAAAAAAAAAAAUUCAGAGUGGCAAGGCCAAAUUGUUGGCAGGGAGGUGUGGAUUGGAGGGUAAAUUUUUGGUUGCAUCUUCUUUAAUGUGAGUUGUUACAGUGCAGUUAGCCCUCUACUCCUACCUGUGUUGUUGAGCUACUGGUACCCCUAAUAUUAUCAUGUGUAUACAUCCUCUCCUUUUUUUUCCUUC